UUUUCCUGUUGUCCCACCUUCUGUAAAACAUGGCUGCUCCCAUGGCGCUCAGACGAGAAGUAUUUUCUCUGGCAAGGAUACUCAGUGGAGUCUCACAUUUGGGACCAAGAGCUUUGGGCGCCUGUUCAGCUCACAGGAAAUGUAACAUAAUCAGGUCCCAUCUCCCGUUAGCAUCCAGCGCUUUCUUACACACUGCAACAGUGUUUUUAUCAACACCUUCACAAAUCAGUGUCACAGAAGAGCCUGACGCACUGUUUCAGAAGGUGUCAGUGUUGGUCAAAGGUCAUGACAGCGCCGUGUUGGACAGCUAUGAGUUUUUUGCCACCAUGGCAGCUAAAGAGCUGGGAAUCACCAUCAGCAAAGUUUCUGAACUUCCAAAGGACAUGGAGAGGUUUACACUCCUGAAGUCAGUCCAUAUCUUCAAAAAACACAGGGUCCAGUAUGAGAUGAGAACACACUACCGCUGCAUUGAGCUGUCUCAUAUAACAGGCUCCACAGCGCAGGUGUACCUUGAAUACAUCCAGAGGAACCUCCCUGAAGGCGUUGCCAUGGAAGUGGCAAAGACCUCCAUGGAGAAGAUUCCAGAUCACAUCAGUGAACCCAUGUGGGACGACCAACCAACUGGUGACAAGCCCAGCGAGUCGAGUCAGUCAUGAGCAUCAGAUGCAGAUUUUGGAUGUGUUGUCUCAGACCUCAGUGAAUAUGUUGGGUAAAUGUGAAGAUGUGGAAGACCUGCAGUAUGAACAUGUGAUUGUGCACUGGUGAAUUGCUUGUCAUAUAGAUUUCAACAUUAUUGUCUAUAGAGACUUGAACACCACAGAAAGAGGACCAGCUACACAACUUGCAUUCAUUACGUCCACAUGUAAAGUUUCAUUUAAUUUAAGUUGUGGUUUCAUCGUCUUUUCUGUGGCAAAAUUGUGUGAAAUCAAUUGUAUUUUUUUUCCCCCACUAAAUAAAUUAUGCAUUUAUUGACUUUAA